CCAAACAUUCCUGUUGCAGCAGCAGUAGCACCAACGACACCAGAGUCUCACUCACACUCAAGGAUCUUAAUACCUCAACUCAACAAUAAAAACCGAUUACCACAAAAAAGAAUUAAACAACGCAAAAAUGUUUGCUAAAUCAGUGCUUAGCGUUUAUGUGAUUGUGGGUCUUGUUGCAGUCAGCAGCAGCAAUCCCGUUGAAAACAAUGGCAAGUAUACGGUUUCAGCGCAAAAUUCUAACGACGGCAAAUAUCAUCCACAAGAUGAUGGACACUACCAUCCGAGUUCAGACGAAGGCAAAGGCUCUCAGGAUAGUUUAGGUCGGUAUCAUCACGUGGCUCAGCCUUAUCACCACGUAGGCGAUAACCGUGAACUUGGCGUUUAUCACCACAUCCCAUACCCAUAUGAUGGUGGCUAUGGACCUUAUGCUGGUCUCAAUCUCCCUUACGUCCACGAUGACAGGCCAUACAACCACGAUUUGUACACAUCGACGACCACAACCACGACGAAGAAGCCAACGACGACGACGCCACGCACCACAACAACAACGACAACCACCACGACCACGCAACGCCCCAUUGUCUUCAACUACGACGACGAGGGACGCCACAAGAUCCUGCACCAGGAAGAGGUGCGCAAGCAAGACAAAUACGAUCAUGCUUUCCUCACCGAGAACGGUAUCUAUGGCGAGGAGCAAGCGAAACUUCAUCACACCGGCGGCACUCAUGCCAAGGGCUACUACGAAUACACCGGCGAUGAUGGCAAACUCUAUCGCGUCAACUAUUCCUCCAACGAUGGCGGCUUCAUGCCCGAGGGCGAGCACAUUCCCACUCCACCCCCAAUUCCCGAGGCCAUCGCUCGUGCCCUGAAGUAUGUUGAGGAGCAGCACAAGGCCAAUGGUGAUAAGCCAUUGUUCGAUCAUCGCGGCUUCCGCAUUAAUCACAUGACCAAGGACAUUAAGGCCCAACUCAAGGCGAUCCAUGUGGAGCGCAUGCCCAAGGAGUUGGCCGAUCAGCUGCGCAUGCUGGAGCAUGAGGUUGAGCUUGCCGAGGAGGAGGAGCAGCGUGAGCUUGCCGAGCUUGCGCGUCAGCGUCAUCAAUAUUAAGUGCAAUUCAUUUCAAUUCGAAUGUGCGCGGUGUACUCAUCAAAACAGCCAUAAAGGAUUCCCCUCACUCCCCCGCCCCGAAAAGGUUCCCCCCUCCAUUCCCAUGCAUUUGCCGCCUGCAACUGGCAAAAAUAUAACAAGCCAUCGAAAAA